AUGCGCUUUUCGAAUACAUCCAAUAUGCUUCGUCUAUCAAUCGGCCUCGCAGUUUUGCCUCUUGCUGCUGCUCUAGUCGGCAGAAGUGCAACCAAUACGUCUAACAGCCAUUGCUCCCGGACGUGCAUGUCAAAUAUCGUCACCCAGAUCUUGGAUUCCAUGGUGGCCCAUGAUCCUUAUGCCGUGCCAAUGGCACCGACCUACAAAGCAACUGAAAACUCUCAUCCAGCGGCAAUCGGUAUGAUGACGUCGUGGCGCACCAUCGCUAAAGCAGGACCGCCCAGCCUUCUGGCAAUCGACACCACGAAUGGAACAGCGUACUUCGCGCUGGAUGUUAGUGAAGGUAACGACGCAACCGAGGCAGUCCUUCGAGGUCGGAUUAAGGUGGUUCAUCAGAAAAUCUCUGAAUUAGAACUAUUCAUCAACCGCUACCGCGGUGACCAUGGCUUUUCCUUCUCUGCCGCGGAACUACCGACGAAUUACGAAGCGUUGAUGUCGCCGCCAGCUAAUCGGACGAAGGCGAGUCGAGCAACAUUAGAGGCACUAAGCGAGUCUCUCUUUGCGACCUCUAGUAAUUUCUCCGUCACCGUUGGUGAUAACUGUCAGUUCACCGAACUGGGCUGGAAAGUUGUUGAUCCGGGCACGAACGGUACUGGUUCGACAACACCACUAGACUGUACCUGGCCCUCUGAUCACCCCACCGAUACGAACGCGCGUGUGGGUCUAGUUAUCGAUGAGGAACUAGGCUUCGUUGUGACCAGUGGAACGAUCCAGGGUACGGUGUAUCCAUAUGGGAAUAUCUCGGCUUUUAUCCCGAACGCCAUGACUUCGGCACAGGAAGCCCAGGAGGUCUGGAUCAAGGAGAUGGAGGCUCUUGGUACUAUCCCCUUGCUUUCUCCUACUGGAGCCACUGGUGAUACACUUGAAGUUCUCCAGUACUAUAAUGGUGAGCUUCAGUCUAUGCAGAUCAAUGUGUAUCUGAGUGGCCCGGAUAUGACAUCGCCAUGGCUGUAA